GCAACACUGGAGCCGAUUGCGAUGCGACAAGUUUGACGGUGGAAAGUCGGAGCUGGGCGGAAAAAGUAGUCUGAAUUUGUGCGUGAUUUGAGGCAUCAGGACGUGCUCCUGGACACUCAGCUGUGUGAAAUUGAUUGUGAGGAGCCCAAAGUGCAAUAAUCAGUGUGGGGGCGCGUGUGAAAGUGAGUGAAAAGGCGCCAUUUGACGGGAAAAUUGAAGGUGGAGUGUGUGGCUAGUGUUGAAAAAUUUCUCAGUGUAUGUGUUGGAAUGGAAAGAUCCAAGUGUGCUGGGUGAAAAUUGCAAGUGAGAGUUUUUCAUUGGGUGAAGAUUUGACCGGCAACUGAGUCAGCGCCCCACUUGGGCAUUCCACCAAGGCACACAUCCGGAAGGUGCUUCAAAAUCGUCGAUUUUUCUAGGGGAGCUUCCAACGGCUUUUUCCUGAGGAAUUUGUGAGGAAGAAGAGGAAAGUCUUUGAGAAAUGGCGUCGCUCAAUGACAGAUUGCUCGCGGCUCGGCACAGUUUAGCUGGCCAGGGCCUGGCAAAAUCCGUCUGCAAAGCCACCACCGAAGAGAUGAUUGGGCCCAAGAAGAAGCACUUAGACUAUUUAGUACACUGUACCAAUGAGCCGAAUGUAUCAAUACCACAUUUGGCUAAUUUACUCAUUGAAAGAUCACAAAAUACCAAUUGGGUGGUGGUCUAUAAAGCUCUCAUCACAGUACAUCAUUUACUGGCAUAUGGAAAUGAGAGAUUCAUGCAAUAUUUAGCAUCAAGUAAUUCAACAUUUAAUUUAAGCAAUUUCCUCGAUAAAGGAGGUGUACAAGGAUACGAUAUGUCGCCCUUCAUUCGGCGAUAUGCGAAAUACUUAAAUGAGAAGGCAUUGUCCUAUCGUACAGUGGCCUUUGACUUUUGCAAAAUGAAGAGGGGAAAGGAGGAGGGUACUAUCAGGACAAUGAAUGCUGAUAAAUUGCUUAAGACUCUGCCGGUGCUUCAGGCUCAACUUGAUGCUCUUCUUGAAUUUGAUUGCACGGCAAAUGACCUCACGAAUGGUGUUAUCAGCAUGUGCUUCACAUUGCUCUUUCGCGAUCUUAUUCGACUGUUUGCAUGCUACAAUGACGGAAUUAUUAAUUUGUUGGAGAAAUAUUUCGAUAUGAAUAAGAAACAGUGUCGGGAUGCAUUGGACUUGUACAAGAAGUUCCUGGUGAGGAUGGAUCGUGUAGGGGAGUUUCUGAAGGUGGCGGAAAAUAUGGGCAUUGAUAAGGGGGAAUUGCCGGACUUGACAAAGGCCCCAAGCUCUCUAUUGGACGCCCUUGAGGGUCAUUUGGCAUUUUUGGAGGGGAAAAAGGGAUCAGCCGCUAAUACUCCAACUCAAACAGCGAGCAACCAAAAGAACGUAAAGAGUGGUGUGUCUGCCCUCUCUUCUACUAGUUCAUCGUUUGGAACGGCUGCAGCGUCAGCACGAUUUGAUAAUCAUACAAAUGGUAUCGAUGAGGCGCUCAAGGCUCAGGCGCUGGCGGAAGAGGAAGCCGCAAUGAACCAGUACAAGCAGUCUAAAGUUUCGUCACCUGGUGGCACGAAUUCGUCCACAAAUCCCUUCCUAUCGUCACCACCGGCUACCCAAGCAUCAGCACCAAUUGUUGAUUUGUUUGGGGGAUCGCCGAGUGGUGAUGGAGCCGCUAAACAGAGUGAAGCCAUUCCUACAGCACCGUCAAAGGCCUCAGAUGAUCUUCUGCAGCUGGGCAAUCCAUUUGCUGAUAUCUUUGCAGCUCCACCAGCCGCUGGAGCUGCUCCAGUCGUACCGGGACUCGCACAGCAACAACCCGCUGGGAAUAUGUGGAUGAGUAAUGGAUUCAAUGGAACAGCUGGUGCAGCUCCACAACAGGGCAACACAUUCGUCUCGGACAGCAAUUUCUCCUCAGUCUUCGGUUCAACAGAACCCGCUGCCCUGGACAAUCCGUUUAUGAUGGGCGAAGGAGGAGCAGCGGCGCAGGUCCAGAAACCAGGUGAAGAUGCGGGUGGUGUUGGGGGUGGUGGUGGUGGUCAGGUGCAGGCUGGCAGAGCGACAGGACCACCGGGGCGGCCUCCGCCACCGGGCACAGCCUCGCCGGCUAAAAGUGCUUUUGAUGAUCUCAAUGACACCAUUCGCAUGGCUCUUGGCACAGAGUCACCCGCCAAAGUGGCCAGUCAGUCGCAAAUGCCAGCCAUGCAACAGCCUGUGAUGUCCGGAUAUCCAGCUGGAGCGGCCUUUGCAUCUCCUGUUAGGCUUGCCCAAGGAGGUCCGCAGGCGGCUGGCCAGGCGGCACAACCGGCUCCAGCGACUGGAAAGGUGCUCACCGGAGACCUGGACAGCUCCUUGGCGUCUUUAGCGGAAAAUCUCACCAUCAAUAAGAGCGCAUCGGCUCAAGUCAAAGGAAUGCAGUGGAACUCCCCAAAGAAUGCCGCAAAGCCAGGAGCAAAUUGGACACCGCAGCCAAUGGCGGCGACAACUGGUGCAGGAUAUCGUCCAAUGGCGCAAGGCAUGCCAGUUCCUCCAAGUCCCAGCACAAUACAUCCGUUAGUACACGCUCCUUUUCCCGCUAUGACACCGUACUUGAAUCAGCAGGGAAUGGCUCCCAUGAGGCCCCCGAUGAUGGGUGCUCCAAUGGGGGGCGCCAUGCCGGGAAUGGCAGCAAUGCCAGGACAACCGGGAAUGCCAGGGAUGAUGGCACAACCUGCGCCAGGGAUGAUGAUGCCUCAGGGACAAGUGGCACCAACUCAACCAGCUGUCCCCCAGCAAGCCAAUGUCCAACUUGAUCCCUUUGGAGCCCUCUAAACUGGGACUUUUCAUCAUUUAAAACCAAGUUAAUUUAUUCGUCCGAAAAUUCAUGAGUUCAUUGCAUUGUAAAUGAGAUGUUGGAGAAGAAGGAAAGACGUAGGAAAUUGUACUGAAAAUAAUUGUCACAGCAUUAGAUGCAACUCCAUCGUUAUACUUUUUUUUUCUUCACAAGAAGAAAAAAGCAAAAAAAAACAAACCCCUUGUAGAAAGUUUUGUGAGAGAAAAAGAAGUCUCACAGAAGAUGUCCCAGGCCAAUUAUUGAGCUAAAUGUGUAAUCUUAGUUCUUGUUCAAAAAGUUAAGGAAGUAUCAUUAAUUGAAGAGAAUUAGCUAGGAAGGGAGUUCUUUUCAUUGACAAAAUUCAUUUGAAGUUGGGAAUUUAUGUUCGAAGGAUAUUUCUGUGCAUAAUUUUGAUGCAAAUUGUAUCAAAGAAUUCUUUGCCUCAUUGUUACGUAAUUUUUUUGUACAGUUGCCCCGUAAUUACCCUGACUUUUUUUCUAGAGGGUUAAAUAUUGUCGAAGAGACCACCAAAUAUUUUUUUGUGAAGCUUCAUCAGUGGAGGAAUGUUCCAGGAUUGCAGGGAGUUUAUGUUGAAAAGUUAGGUUAUGUUGGUACGGAGGAUCGAAAAUUCUCGUCCGAAAGUCUAUUUUCGAGACGUAACUAUAUUAGUAGAGAAGAUUUUCAGUGAAAAUAUAAAGAUUUAAGCUACAUAACCUCACAAUUAAAAGGGAAACUUAACCUAGCUUUGUGAAUAGGUUUACAAAGACAUUUCUGAAUUAUUCCAAAUGCUAAAAUUUGAAGUUAAAAGCACUUCUAAACGAUAAAUUAUGAAGCUCUCCUGUUACGCCAAUUCUUCUAAGUUAUUGCAAUUGCCAUCAUAACCUCAAUUUGAAUUUAAACUUUUUUUUGUAGAUUUUAGGAAAUUUCCAUAAUUCUGCUUACGAAAUUUUCUUUUCUUUUGAUUUUUUUGAAAGAGGAGAAGAGAUUCAGUUAAAAUAUAAAGAUUUGAGACACAUAACCUUAAAAUUACAAUGGAAACUUAACCUAACUUUCUGAAUUGGUUAAUAAAGACGUUUCCAGAUUAUUCCAAAUGCUAAAAUUUCAAGUAAAAAUGAAUUUAAGCGAUAAAUUAUGAAGCUUUCCCGUUGAGUCAAUUCUUCUUAGUUUGUACAAUUGCCAUCAUAACCUCAAUUUGAAUUUAAACUUCUUUGUAGAUUUUAGGAAAUUUACAUAAUUCUGCUUACUGGACUUUCUUUUCUUUUGAUUUUUUUUUAAAGAGAAGAAGAGAUUCAGGUAAAAUAUAAAGAUUUGAGGUACAUAACCUUAAAAUUACAAGGGAAACUUAACCUAACUUUCUGAAUUCACAAGCAAAAACGUUUCCAGAUCUCUUUUAGUUUCUUCUAAAUGCUAAAAUUUGAAGCAAAAAAUACUUUGGACGAUGAAUUGAGAGGCUUCUCCUUCAGAAAAAAAAUUCUUCUAAGCUUAUGUGAUUGCCAACAUAACCUCACUUUAAAUUCUAACCUCUUUUCGAUUUUAGAAAAUUCCUCCACUGAAGGGACCUUUGUUGAAUUCAUCAUUCCAGUUAAAUUUAAUUAUCCAUCAAGAAAUAAUUAUUGAAUUUUUCUUCUCUGUAAAGAAAAAACGUUUCACAGACGUUUAAAUAUUUCUUUUUUUUACCAAGAAUAUUUAGAAAAUCUUUCAUUCAGUAUUUUCAUUGUAGAUUUACGCAUAAGGGAAGCAUAAUUCUUUUUCUGUAGGGCUUACAAUAUUGAGUGUUGAAAGAGAAUGUUGAUUGAAAUAUUUAGAAAUUGAAGUAAUAAAAACGGCACAUUUUGCGUAUGAAAAGAAAAAGAAAUUAAAUAAUUAAAUGAGUUAGAAAAAAAUUGUGCCAUUUUGCAGUGUGAAUGAGGAGAGACUGCAAAAGAAAAUGGGGAAAAAAGGGGAACAAAGAAUUAAUUUUUCUGCCUGUUUAAAUCGAAUAAAACUGACUUUUUGUGAUUUAUUUUUGUCAUCGAUCAUUAACUUGAAAAAAAAAUAUUGAAAAGGCAUUAAAAAAAAUAAUCAUCAACAAAUAUAAAUUGUGAAAUAGUAAAGAAAAUCUGUUGAUAAUAAUUAACUAUAAAUUAUUUAUUUCCAUUGCUAAAUGAAGAUUUUUUUCGCUUUUCCAUUGAACAAAAAAAAAGUGAGAAAAAUCAGCGGAGAAAAUAUUGUAAAAAUAUUAAAAGAAAAAAAAAAUAGUUUAAAGAAAAUGUUCCUCGACAAUAAAUUAUCAAAAGAAAAAAGUAAAAAAAAAAUCGCGAGAGAGUAAUUGAAGAACGUAGAGAGAGAGUAAAUGAGAAAAAUAAAAUGCUGAAAGUAAAAAAAAAAAGAAAAAAAUAUUAGAAAAAACUAUUUACAAUUCUUCUUGACUUUAGUGGAUUGAUUGAAUAUUUGAAGGUAACUUUAAGUUAAUUAUAAAUUGUGGAAAUUUGUAUAUAGAUCAUUUUUAUUAUAUAUUUUUCUAUUAUAUUUUUUUUUGUCAUCCCUCUCCCCCAAAAAAAUAAUUAUUUUCGAGGAAUAUUUAUAGAAAAAAGAAAGAUUAUAUAUAUUAUUUUUUACAUUUAAUUAUUGAAAGAAAAAGGAAAAAAAAUUGUAGAAGAAACAAAAUUAUUGAGAAAGGAAAAAAAAGAUUCAAAAAUUAUGAAUUAUAAAUAUUAUGAAGAAAAAUUUUAAGAGAAAAAAAUGCAGAUAUAAUGUAUUUUAUGUUAACGUGUUACAAGAAAAAAAGUUAUUACGUAGAUUACGCAAAUUUAUUCAUUGCAUUAAUUACAGAAAAAAAGAAGAAAAAUUAUUAUAUCAAAUAUAAAUACAAUGAUGAAGAGAUAUGAAAUAUAUAUUAUAUAUAGUAUAUAUAUUGACAAUGUGUUACGUAAAAUACAAAAAAAAAGGUUUAAAGAAAAAUGGGAGUUGAAACAAAAAAAGAACAAGCCUGUGCAGAUGAUGAGGCUGCAGGAUGCUCGAGGACCUCAUGAAAAUCAAGUGUGUAAAAUAGAGAGAGAAAGAGAGAGAGUGCUAGUGGCUUUUCUCCAGAAAAUGCGAGAAAAGAAUUGUAAUAGAAGGGAAAAAUUGAAAUAUAUAAAUGUAGCUUGAAUCAAAAA